CGUCACGGGCGGGCGCGAUGGCGGCCGUGGCGGCCCCGCGGGCCCCUCCGGCCCCGCCGCUGCUCGAGGCGCUCUCGGCGCUGUCGGCGCUGCCCCCGCAGCGAGGGGCGAUCCCGGGGCUCGUCAGGGGCCUCCGCGACAGCGGCGGGACUCAGGCCGCCCUGGGGGGUCUCCUGGGCGUCACCAACGCCCGCCUGAGCUCCAUGAAGACCCGGUUCGAGGGGCUGUGCCUGCUGUCCCUGCUCGUCAGCGAGAGCCCCAGCGACGCCUUCCAGCAGCACUGCCUGGGCUGGCUCCGCCUCCUGCAGCACCUGCUCCAGUCUCAGGACCCUCCCCCCACGAUGUCCCUGGGGGUCUCGGUGCUCCACGAGCUCCUGCUCUUCUCGGCGCAGCUGCCCGAGCUGGCCCGGGACAUCGGCACCAACCACAUCCCCGGGCUGCUCACCUCCCUGCUGGCUCUCAGGCCUGAGUGCGAGGUGUCCACCCUGGAGGGCAUCAGGUCGUGCAUGACCUUCUACCCCGGCGCCUGCGGCUCCAUGAGGGGCAAACUGGCCGCUCAUUUCCUGUCCCGCAUCGACGCCGAGUCCCCCCGGCUGCAGCAGCUGGCCUGUGAGUGCUAUGCCCUGCUGCCGUCGCUGGGCCCGGGGUUCUCGCAGGGGCUGCGGCACACGGAGUGCUGGCAGCAGGAGCUGCAGGGGCUGCUGGCCACGCUGCACGCCCUGCUCGGAACCCUCUUCGAGGGCAGCGAGACAGAUCCCCUCCCGUACGAGGGUCCGGGGGUGGAGCUGCUGCUGCCCCCAGGACAGGGGACCCUGGGGGUCCUGACCCUCCACACCCGAUUUUCGGGGCUCUGCCGCGUCCUCAGGAGCCUCCUCAGCAAGGAUUUCGUGGCCCCCGUGACGGUUCCAGUUCAGGACAUUUUGGAUCUCGUUUGUCGAGCCCUCAACGUCACCGCCAAGAACAUCAACUGGUUUGGGGAGGGGUCCCUGCGGUUGCUGCUCCUGCCCUCGGUUCACCUGGACGUGCUGGACCUGCUGGGGGGGCUCAUCCUGGCGUGUGGGGCCCGCCUGGUCCGUUGGGGGUCCGUGCUGGGCCGGCUCUUCCCGCAGGUUCUGAGCGCCUGGAGCUGCCGGGGGGACCCCCAGAACGGGGGGGGGCCCGGCCAGGAGAGACCCUUCGGGGCGGUGAGGGCCCGUGUGUACCGGGUGCUGGAGCUGUGGGUUCAGGUGGCCGGGGCAGCCUCGGGGGUCCUGCAGGGCCCCGGGACCCCCGGGGAGCUGCUCUUGGCCCACCUGCUCGGGGACAUCGCCCCCCCAACCGAGGCCACCAAGCUCCGGGGGGACCCCAAACCCAGCGCCCCCAAACGCCCCAAACUGGGGGAGGGGCCGGACGGGCCCCCCCUGCACAGGAAGGGGGAACCUGCGGCCAACAGCGACACCUGCAAGGCAGCCCUGGCAGGUACCGACCCACAAAUCACCCCAAAACCCACCCUGGGAACCCCAAAAUCCACCCUGGGAAACCCCAAAUCCACCCUGGGAACCCCAAAAUCCACCCUGGGACCUCCAGAAACCCCCAACACACCCCUGGGAAACCCCAAAUGCACCCCGGGACCCCCCAGCAGCGACACCUGCAAGGCAGCCCUGGCAGCCCUGCGCAGGAUCAUCCUCACGGGGGGGCCGCUCAUCAAGGAGGAGACGCAUCGGCGGCUGCAGGAGCUGGUGGUCCCCCUGGCCCUUCGGCUGCCUCAGAGCGAAGCCCCCGGGCCUCUCCCCGGGGCCCCCGCGCCCCCGGGCUCCCCUACGCCCACCCCCAGUGCCGGGGGCUGUACCAGCUGCUGCUCGCCCUCGUGCUGGGACCCCCCGGGGCUGCCUCCCCUGCACUGCGCCCUGAGAGCCUUCAUCCAGGGACAGAGGGACCCUGAUGUACAGGCUGCUCCCCCCCUGCACUGCGCCCUGAGAGCCUUCAUCCAGGGACAGAGGGACCCUGACGUGCAGGUCUCCUCCAUCUGCAGCGAGGCCCUGGUGGUCUGCAACGCCCUGGCCCGGCCCUGGGUGCCCCCUGCACCCCCCGACCCCCGGGCGCCCCCGACCCCCCGCGCCCCUUUCCGCCCUCCCCCGGCCCCCCAAAGCCCCCCGCGCCCCCCUGCUGCUGCCCUCCCUGGGCCCCCUCCCCGGCCAACCCCCUGGGGGCUUCGGGACGCGGAGGCCGCCCGCCCCCGGGCGGGCUCGGGGAGGAGGCGGGGGCGCGGGGUCCUGCCCCGCCGCCCCGUGUUCGUGCACUACGAGCGGGAGGAGCCGUCGGACGUGGAGAUCUCCCUGGAGAGCGACUCGGACGACUCCGUGGUCAUCGUGCCCAAAAACCCGCGGGGCCCGAGCCCCCGCGCCCCCAGCCCCCAGCCCACCCCCAGCAGCAGCCCCCGCCCUGCCCCCUGCCGCCCUCUCCCCGCCCCCCCGCCGCCCCCACGCCCCCCGCAGCCCCCCUGUGCUCCGCCCUCCCCACGGAGACCCCGAGGAGCCCGGGCCGCCUCCGGCCCCUCGCGCCCUCCCCCCCAGAUGAUGGGGGCCCAGAUGGGACCCCCCCCGAGGGACGGGGGGGAGGGGCCCGACCCCGCCGUCAUCAACAUCAACUCCACCCCCCCGGUCCUGGAGACCCCCGAGCCCCCGCGACGGGGCUGCCCCUCCCCGCCCUAG